GUUUACAGACGACUCGCUUUCAGAGAGUACUGUCACUUGUUGGAUCGGUACGUCCAGCUCAGCUGCAGAGAUGAACGCAAAAUUUGUCCUGGCUCUGGUCCUCGUCCUGCAGGUCUCUACGAGCCUGUGUCAGGUUCCUGCACCGUCCAAGGAGCUUGUUGACAAAUAUGACUCGCUGAAAGCUACCUUCUACAAGAGACUGAUCAAUGCUUACAGCAAGCUGCAGGCUGCUGCGGGCGAGCACGAGCACGGACAGCACGCCAGGGCUUUCGCUGAGUCUCUGCAAGACAAGCCUGAGCUGCAGGCCGUCGUCAAGGUCGCCAGUGGUCUGGGAGCAGAGGCAGGCCCUUUAGUGGAUAAGGCCCGCACUUCACUGCUGGGUGUGUACGAACACUACCUGCGCCCCCACGUCGGCGACAGCCUGAGCAGCGCCAUCGACCACAUCAAGAUCUUCCUGGAUGAAGUCAUGCCCGCUGAGUAAAGAAGACCGGCUACAAAUAAUGCCUGUAAUAAAUAAUAGCUCGUAUAAUCUGCGUCAGUUUAGGUUGUGAGGAGCAACACUCAAUGCAAAGAAGAUUCUCCACCUGUUUAGAAAUCUGAGUCUUGGCCAAAUCAUGCAGAGUUGUAAAAAUACAGCAAAACCCAUCCAUGCAUGUUCUGCAUGUACAGUAUUAUUUGUUUGAUACACUAACAAGUCUGGGUGUUAUCGUGUAUGUAAGUGUGUGUUCAAUAAAGUUAACUGAAAACGA